AUGUUUGGGUCCAGAACUGACAAUGGCCGUGGCGCCGAUCAUGGCCUCUUCAGAAUGAAACUCUUUGGUACGCCCUUCCCAGCGUCAAGAAACCUGAGCCCUCCUUUCAUGACUGGAGAAGAGCGCCUGCAGUUUUUCAAUCACGACAUGAAACUAAGAAAAGGCUUUGUUUUCGCGUGUCUGAGACGCGCCGGCUCUGAAGUGUAUAACAAAUACUCUCAAAUAUUUGCAGGCCAACAACUCACGAAUGCACCUUUUUAUUUGAGGGCGGCGCCUGAUCUGGUUCUCCCGAGCCCCCGUGCUCAUUUUAUGUUAGGUCUUCCAAGGGUUGUGGAAAUCAUAUUGAAGAUUAGGGAAAUCAGCGCAAAUAGAGAGCUGGGCUGCAAUAUACAGAGUUUAUGGUUCAACAUGGUAGCAAAGUGUGGUAGAAGGGUUAGCCACAGCUUCAACGUCACUUCAACUGGUGGGUAUCGGCUUAAAACUGUAUCUAGGAAGAUUCAAUCCGUUAAGGAAGAUACCUGA